GGAAAAUUUGAAGCGUGUUGGUCCAUUGGUGAAACGGAAGCGACGAAGAGAAGAAGAAGAGUUGAGUUUGGACGGCACAGUCUUCUUGAUUCCUCCAAAGCUUUCCCCUUCCCUCUUUCCAUGGCGUCGCGCCUCUUUCUCCUCCUUCUCCUCACUAUUUCCCUCUCACUCUCCUCCGAUGCCCGCCCUUGCAAGUCCCUCUUCGUUUCCUUUUCCCUUCUUCGCCACCGAACCCUCGAUUCCCGCCAUCAUCCCUUCUCCGAGAUGGCCCUAAUCGUCGACAUCACCGAGUUCAAAUCAUCCUCCCUCUCCGUUCCCGACGACAUCCUCCUUCUCGAUCUCCCUCGUCCUAGGCCCCACUCGCUUCAUCAACACUUCCCUUAUGACUUCACCUCUCUCCGUGAUCGCACCAAGGAUAUUCUCACCGUUGUUGUUGCUCUGCUCUUCGGCGUCGGCUGUGGCGCUCUCACUGCUGCUACUAUGUAUUUGGCCUACUCAUUGUGCGCUGGUCGAUUUGGGAAUCGUUCUUCUGUGUAUGACGAUUCUGAGGAGGAAGAUGACUUUAGUGAUGAUAACAAGGAGAACAUUAAGAAGAUGGGUUACAUCAAGAUCACCGACGACUCUGCUCCUGUUAAAUCAGUGGUAUGAUCAUUUAUAGAUAUGUUUCCCUAACCUUGGCAUGUUUGAUCUCCUAAUAAGAAUUAUACUUGAUGCCCAAUUCUGGACUGUAAUUGUCUUAUUUUCGAAUGAAUCUCUGCAGUAUUAUGUGAAAACUAUGUGGUUAGUUAUCAUUUUAUUUCAAAUAUGUGUUUGUAAUUGUUUUGCUUCGUUUUGGAUUUCAA